GCAUCCUGCGUGCAGCUUCAUAACAGCAGCCAUCUGGCCUCCAUCCACAGCCAAGUAGAGUCCCGUUACAUCCAAACGGCGAUCUUCAGGAGACUGGUCAUCACUGAUGUCUGGAUUGGACUGAAUGAUCCAGGGAAAAAUCGCACCUGGGAGUGGACUGAUGGCUCCAAUUUUGAUUAUACAUCCUGGGGAAUAUUUGAACCCGGCAAUACUGAUCAUGAGGAGUACUGCGCUAAGUUGAGAAGUGUCUCAG